GCGAGCCGGGCCCGGGUGGCGACCGGAGCGCGACGUGAAAGGCGAGAGAGGCGGCGGCCCGAGCGGCUGCGGCGCGCGCCCACUCCGCCCGGCCCACCGCGCAGGCCCCUUCGCCCCCGGGCCCGACCGGGGUCCAGGGCCGGCCACGCGCGCGCUGGGGAGCCUCGCGCCACCGUUCACCGCGGGGACCAGGACCCCCGGGAGCGCGGCAGAGUCCCCCGGGCCCGCGACCGCGAUGCCAGACGAGCUCACAGAGCCCGGGCGCGCCACGCCGGCCCGAGCCUCCUCCUUCCUCAUCGAGAACCUGCUGGCGGCCGAGGCCAAGGGCGCGGGGCGCGCCGCCCACGGCGAUGGCGGCCGCGAGGACCAGGAGGAGGAGGACGACGACCCCGAGCAGGACGACGCCCAGCCCGCGCGGCGGCGAAAGCUGCAGCGGCGGCGCCAGCUGCGCGCGGGCCCGGGGCCCGGUGGGGAGGCGAGGGCGCGGGCGCGGGCGCUGCUGGGGCCCGGCGCGCUGGGCCUCGGUCCCCGGCCGCCCCCCGGGCCCGGGCCGCCCUUCGCGCUCGGCUGUGGGGCCGCGACGCGCUGGCACCCACGGGCGCACGGCGGCUACACGGGCGGCCUCAGCCCUGACACUAGUGACCGGGACUCACCGGAGACCGGCGAGGAAAUGGGGCGCGCGGAGGGCGCCUGGCCGCGGGGCCCUGGGCCAGGCGCAGUGCCCCGGGAGGUGGUGGAGCUGGCAGCGCGGGGCCCGGCGUCCUGUGGGGAGGACGCGGUGGAGCUGGCGGAAGCCCCUGCGGCCGUGGCAGGGGAGGCGCGAGGCGGAGGCCGCAAGAAGAAGACGCGCACCGUCUUCUCCCGCAGCCAGGUCUUCCAGCUAGAGUCCACCUUCGACCUGAAGCGCUACCUGAGUAGCGCCGAGCGCGCCGGGCUCGCGGCCUCGCUGCAGCUCACGGAGACCCAGGUGAAGAUCUGGUUCCAGAACCGCCGCAACAAGUGGAAGCGGCAGCUGGCAGCCGAGCUGGAGGCGGCCAGCCUGUCCCCGCCGGGCGCGCAGCGUCUGGUCCGAGUGCCAGUGCUCUACCACGAGAGCCCCCCGGCCGCGCCGCCCGCGCCGCCCGCCGCGCUACCGUUCCCGCUGGCAACUCCCGCGCCCGCACCACCCCCGCCGCUGCUCGGCUUCUCUGGGGCGCUGGCCUACCCGCUGGCCGCCUUCCCUGCCGCUGCCUCCGUGCCCUUCCUGCGGGCGCAGAUGCCAGGCCUGGUGUGAGCCGCGCGUGCCUCUCCCGGUCUUUGCAGACCCCGCGGACGCACAGCGGGGAUGGCUCCCGGGGCCUCCUAGGAUCAUAGAGGAGGACUCGCUUAGCCUUAGGGAGCUCUCCAGAAUGUACUGGGCGGCGGGACUGCAGCUCCCCACCAGCUACGAGGCCGGCCCCCUCGCAGGGAAAAUGGACCUUGCACAGACCUGGAGCCAGGCACACAGCACAGGAGCAGCUUUGGGCCCCACAGCAAAGGAAACUUCACACAGGUCGCUGCGGGCUCCAGGUGACUGCCCCACUCUCAGACUGACUCCGGCACAAAAUGCCCCUUUCCUGGAACUAUGGCAGGACCUAGAGGAUGGCAGGUCACUGGGUGGGCUGUGACCCACGCCCUCCCUACCGCGGUGGUGGAGGGGGACCUCAGCGCUGGACCCGGAUCUUCCAUCCUGAAGGUGGGGACAGGCGGCAGGACUGUGGCUUCUGUUCUGGGCUGUGGCCUCCAGUUCUCUGGUGAAGACUUUGUUUUUUGAGAUGAAUAUGCUUAUUUGCGUAUGGAAUAAAAAGGGACGUUUUGUGGACA